UCCGGCGUUGGAGCUCUGUGGGGCCCAGCUUUGCGGACCCGGGAGUUCGGGACGCAGGCGGGGCUUGUGCUCCGCGGGGGCAGGCGUAGGGUGGGCCUCCUACCGCCCCUAAUCUCGCGGUUUGUUCCGUUUCAUUGGAGCUUCCCGGACCGUGUGCUCGACGGUGCCCUAGGUGCCGUGGGGCCACACGCGAGUCUGAUAAGCACCCUCCCCCGGGAUCAUGCGGUGCUGUGAGGCCUAGCGAAGAUGAAGAUAGAAUGCAAGGUAGAAAGUGCUGGAUACCUUUAGAAAGCUGCAGGACUGGUGCGAUGGGAGUUGAGACGUAAGAACCUGCCCGUCCGUAGGGCUCUGGAUGCUGCUGAGGCCCGAGGCCCCUAUGGCAGAUUUGAAAAUUCACCCUUGUAGAGUCAUUCCUGCCUUUGAGCGGACUCCCUUUUAAGAGUUUUGUUCUUGUUGCCCGGGCGGGUAUGCAAUGGCAUGAUCACAGGUCUCCGCCUCCCGGGUUCCGCCUCCCGGGUUCAAGCGAUUAUCUUGCCUUGGCCUCCUGAGUAACUAGGAUUACAGUUUACAGAAGCACUUGCAGAACUCAUCAGAAGCCACCCCGCUUAUCAGCAGAUCUCAAGAGAGCGUUCGGUGGAGGCCCUGGGUCUGCACAGCUCACCUCCCUGGGAACUGCUCGCCCGAGCGUCGGAGCCGGCGCUGGCCCCCUGCAGCCGGAAGGUUGCAGCCGCAGGAGCCCCGGAGGCCCAGGACACAGGGCUCUUGCUCUUGCAGAAUCCACAGGUCUUUCUUGAGGAAAUCUGUAGACAGAACUUUGUGCUGCGUUUUUAUCUAGGGAAGGAACAGAAGAGUGUCGUCUCCUAGAAAUCUAGCACUUGAGAAACAAGGAAAAUUCUUCCAGCGAUGGUCUCCCACUCAGAGCUGAGGAAGCUUUUCUACUCAGCAGAUGCUGUGUGUUUUGAUGUUGACAGCACGGUCAUCAGAGAAGAAGGAAUCGAUGAGCUAGCCAAAAUCUGUGGCGUUGAGGACGCGGUGUCAGAAAUGACACGGCGAGCCAUGGGCGGGGCAGUGCCUUUCAAAGCUGCUCUCACAGAGCGCUUAGCCCUCAUCCAGCCCUCCAGGGAGCAGGUGCAGAGACUCAUAGCAGAGCAACCCCCACACCUGACCCCCGGCAUAAGGGAGCUGGUAAGUCGCCUACAGGAGCGAAAUGUUCAGGUUUUCCUAAUAUCUGGUGGCUUUAGGAGUAUUGUAGAGCAUGUUGCUUCAAAGCUCAAUAUCCCAGCAACCAAUGUAUUUGCCAAUAGGCUGAAAUUCUACUUUAACGGUGAAUAUGCAGGUUUUGAUGAGAUGCAGCCAACAGCUGAAUCUGGUGGAAAAGGAAAAGUGAUUAAACUUUUAAAGGAAAAAUUUCGUUUUAAGAAAAUAAUCAUGAUUGGAGAUGGUGCCACAGAUAUGGAAGCCUGUCCUCCUGCUGAUGCUUUCAUUGGAUUUGGAGGAAAUGUGAUCAGGCAACAAGUCAAGGAUAACGCCAAAUGGUAUAUCACUGAUUUUGUAGAGCUGCUGGGAGAACUGGAAGAAUAACAUCCAUUGUCGUACAGCUCCAAACAACUUCAGAUGAAUUUUUACAAGUUAUACAGAUUGAUACUGUUUGCUUACAAUUGCCUAUUACAACUUGCUAUAGAAAGUUGGUACAAAUGAUCUGUACUUUAAACUACAGUUAGGAAUCCUAGAAGAUUGCUUUUUUUUUUUUUUUUAACUGUAGUUCCAGUAUUAUAUGAUGACUAUUGAUUUCCUGGAGAGGUUUUUUUUUUUUUUGAGACAGAAUCUUGCUCUGUUGCCCAGGCUGGAGUGCAGUGGCGCGGUCUCGGCUCACUGCAAGCUCUGCCUCCCAGGUUCACGCCAUUCUCCUGCCUCAGCCUCCCGAGUAGCUGGGACUACAGGCGCCCGCCACCACACCCGGCUAAUUUUUUGUAUUUUUAGUAGAGACGGGGUUUGACUGUGUUAGCCAGGAUGGUCUUGAUCUCCUGACUUUGUGAUCCGCCUGCCUCAGCCUCCCAAAGUGCUGGGAUUACAGGCUUGGGCCACCGCGCCCAGCCAAUGUCCUGGAGAGUUUUGUAAUCUGAAUUCUUUAUGUAUAUUCGUAGCUAUAUUUCAUACAAAGUGCUUUAAGUGUGGAGAGUCAAUUAAACACCUUUACUCUUAGAAAUACGGAUUCGGCAGCCUUCAGUGAAUAUUGGUUUCUCUUUGGUAUGUCAAUAAAAGUUUAUCCAUAUGUCA